UUCCAACGUUACAUUGAUUCGGUGAAAAGAUUCGGUAUAGAACCGAGCGUUUUGGGAAGAGGUGAGAAAUGGAAAGGCGGCGAUAUGAGAAGGCCAGGCGGCGGCUGGAAGAUCAACCUAUUGAAGACUGCUUUAAAACAAUACGAUGGAGAUAAUGAGAAAAUCGUAUUGUUCACUGACGCUUAUGAUGUGAUGUUCCUUGGACAAUUGAGCGAAAUUGUCCGCAGAUUUAAAGCUACAGGGGCAAAGGUACUGUUCAGUGCCGAACCGUAUUGUUGGCCAAACGUUGAAUUGGCUCCACAGUAUCCGGAAGUUGAAAAAGGCCAAAGGUUUCUCAACUCUGGUAUUUACAUGGGAUAUAUCAAGCAAAUCAGAAACUUAUUGAAUAAGGCUGAAAUCGAGAACACAGCAGAUGACCAGCUGUACUUCACCGAAGCUUAUCUGGAUAAAAACUUCCGCGAAGCCAAUGGAAUACAACUGGAUCAUUUGAGCAAUAUUUUCCAGAACAUGUUUGGAGUGUCUGAGAGUUUAGUGAUAAAAACCGUAGAAAACAAAGAUGCAGGAGCUGAAAAGUUCUACCUGAAAAAUUCCGAGACCAAUACUGAACCUUUGAUCAUUCACGGCAAUGGGCUCUCAAAGCUCAACUUGAAUUAUCUCAGCAAUUAUUUGCCGGAUGGCGUGUGGAAUUCCGUAGAUGGUUGCGUGGCUUGCAAGAGCGGUCAGAUUAGCCUCGAUGCUGUUAAACCAGAUCGAUGGCCUACGGUUUACCUUUCUGUUUUUGUACAGAUGAACACGCCCUUUUUGGAGGCGUUUUUCCAGAAAAUCCACAAGCUGGAGUAUCCGAAGAAUAAAAUUCACCUGUUCGUUUACAAUACGAUCAAGUAUCACGCAAGUCUUAUCAACACUUUCGUCGAGACGCAUGGGACGGAAUAUCUGUCGGUGAAGCAAAUCAAGCCAGAAGAUGGUACAACUGAAUGGGCAGCGAGGGAUUUAUCUUUGGAUCAAUGUUUGGCGAAGAACUGCGAUCUGUAUUUUGCGGUUGAUUCAGUUGCCCACUUGGACAAUCCAUUUGCGUUGAAACUGCUAAUUGAGCAAAACCGAACAGUAGUGGCGCCUAUGCUGGUGAGGCCUGGAAAGGCGUGGAGCAACUUUUGGGGCUCUUUGACUAAGGAUGGAUUCUACGCCAGGUCAAACGACUACAUGGACAUUGUCCAUGACCUCAAAAAGGGAUUGUGGAAUGUUCCAUUCAUCAACGGUGCUUACUUAGUGAAUGCGACCCUUUUGAAGAAAUACGACCGAUUGCAGUUGACUUAUAACCGACAAAACGUUGAUGCUGAUAUGGCAUUCUGUCGCAAUCUUCGCGAUCUCGAUGUCUUUAUGUAUGUCUCAAAUCGUGUGGAAUUUGGGCAUUUGAUCAAUGCGGACACCUACGAUAUCACUCGAGCCGAGCCCGAUAUGUACCAGAUUUUCGACAACGAACAGGACUGGGAGGAGGCUUUCAUCCAUGCGGAUUAUCCAGAAAAUUUGAAUCCAGAGAAAAAAGCCCUUCAGCCCUGCCCAGACGUUUAUUGGUUCCCAAUUGUAACUGAGCGGUUCUGUAAGUCGCUGAUCAACAUGAUGGAGAACUUUGGAAAGUGGUCAGCCGGUAAAAAUGAAGACGAGCGCCUGGAGGGCGGGUAUGAAGCGGUGCCCACUCGUGAUAUUCACAUGAACCAAGUAGGAUGGGACAGUCACUGGCUCUACUUUUUGCAGAAAUACGUUAGGCCGAUCCAGGAGUACAUUUUCACUGGAUAUUUUCAUGACCCACCCAAGAGUUUGAUGAACUUUGUUGUCAGAUAUGAUCUGGUCAAUGAAAGCGAACACGCAUUAUCCCAAGUAAAGUACAAACCCGAUGAGCAGCCUUCCUUAAGACCGCACCAUGACAGUUCUACAUAUACCAUCAACAUCGCCCUAAAUCGCGCUGGUGAAGACUACGAAGGUGGCGGCUGUAGGUUUAUUCGGUACAAUUGUAGUGUAACUAGUACGCAAAUGGGUUGGAUGUUGAUGCAUCCUGGUAGGUUGACCCAUUAUCAUGAAGGCUUGCUGGUCACCAAAGGUAUUAGAUACAUUAUGGUUUCUUUUGUCGAUCCAUAGUAAGUUCACAGAGUAUUUUUUUAAAUGAAUGUUCCUGGACCCAAAAAUGUGUUCUCUAAUUAUUCUUUAUCAGUUUCAAUGUGUUGACGUUCUUUUACUCUUUUAAAGGGAAUUUUCUAAUCUAGCUUUAAGACGACAGCCGUGAAGUAACUUUAUGUAGUUUCUUUGACUGGACGGGUUCGUUGGCUCUUUGCUUGCUUAACGGUACGAUUUUGGAGUCCCAAUUAAUGUGAUAACAAUAAUUAUGAUCGAUUUAGUGUUUUGCUAUUGGUAGUACAUAUCUAAGGUUUAUAUCUGUAUUUUAUACUUAAAAAAGUCGCCUCUAAGUAACAUAAAACGCGCGAUUAUUGGCUGCAUAUCGUUAUGUACAUGUUUCUAAUUAAUUUAGUAGCCGUUUGGUGCAAUAACAGAAGUUUGUAACAAUUUAUUAUUAAAGUUUAAUAAAAUA